UUCAUGUUCCAUCAAAGUUUGGUGAAAAGAAAGUAAACUGUUUCAUUCGAAGGUUUCAGAGACAAGUGACGUGCUCAGCUACGUCAUAAACAGGCGACGUGCGGUUUGUUUACUGGUGGUAGAAAAUGGAGGCGGACGCGGAGGAGCUCUCGGCCCCGGAGGAGGAGGCCUCCGCCCCGGCAGCAGCCGCUUUGCUCGGCUCCGUGCUGAGCCUCGGUGUAGCUCCGGUGUUCGCCCCGCAGAUGUGCGAGCUGUACCGGCUGCAGGCGGCCGAGCUGCGGCAGCGGAGGCAGCGGGAGCUGAUGGAGCGAGAGCGGCGCAGGAGGCAGUACCUGCGGAGGAGGAGAGCCUUCCUCCUGUCCUCCAUCGCGGCGGCGCUCAGUCUCCUCUCCACCACCAGCAGACCCGUCUGGGUCCGGGACCGGGGCCCGGGGCAGAACCUCUGGGCCACGGCCGAAGCGUUCGACGACGAGGAGUGGAAGGCGCAGUUCCGAGUGUCCCGGUCCACCUUCGACUUCCUGCUCGAGCUGAUCGGUCCGGCGAUUAAACGCCGCAAGACGAACUACCGGGUUCCCAUCGAGCCGGGCCGCCGGCUGGCCAUCACCCUGUGGUGGCUGGCCCGGUCCGGGGAGUACCGCUCCAUCGCAGACAUGUUCGGGGUGGGGAUCGCCACCGUGUGCAACAUCGUGCGUCAGGUCGCUUGCGCUAUCGUGGAGCGGCUGUUCCACCGGUUCGUGUCGCUGCCCGGCGGCCCGCGGCUGGACGAAACCCUCCAGGCCUUCAAGGAUCGAUGCUACCCGCAGUGCGCCGGGGCCAUCGGCGGGACCCACAUCCCCAUCGCGCCCCCGAGGGAGAACCCGGACCACUACAUCAACCGAAGCGGCUGGCACUCCGUCAUCCUGCAGGCGGUGGUGGACCACAACGUCUGCUUCACGGAUGUGUAUGCCGGUUGGCCUGGAAGCAGCAGCAGCGCCACCGUGCUGUGCAGUUCCGACCUGUACCUGAAAGCUGAGGACCGGCCCGACGGGUACCUGUUCCCCAGAGAGAGGUCGCUCCUGUCCGACGGCGUGGAGAUCCCCGUCCAUCUGAUCGGAGACGCCUCCUUCCCCCUGAAGCCGUGGCUGAUGAAGGGGUACAGCGAGGAGCAGCAGCUGUCCCCUGAGCAGCGCCGCUUCUCCUACACCGUGUCCUCCGCCCGGUCCGUGGUGGAUGCUGCCUUCACCCGCCUGAAAGGACGCUGGCGGUGUCUGCUGAAGAAGAGCGACAUUGACAUCUCCAUGAUGCCCCGAGUCGUGGCUGCGUGCUGCGUGCUGCACAACAUCUGUGAACUCCGAGGAGACGGUUUCCUCCCGGAGUGGAACGCUGACACGGCUCCGUCUGGAACGUAUCUCCGGCAGCCCGACCCAGAGGCGUACGCAGGAGACACCUACUGCACGGCCGAGGUCAUCAGAGACACCAUCACCUACAACCUGCUGACCAUCCUGCAGUACUGA